GUUAUGUUAUAGUUCGUAGGUGCUGCCUUGCCAUCAAAACAUGCAGUAAAUUUGUCAUUUUAGUACUCUACAGCUGUUUCAGAACAAAAGAUAGCAAAUGCUGACCAGUUUUGACUCUUCCCGGUUGUUUUUCUUGGGUUAGCCUUAGUCUGUUUACCAGUGGUAAUUUUUUUGUCAGGCUGAGAUGUUUAAAAUUGAGUGGAAAACCUAGGUAGUUUGUAUUAAAAUAUUAAUGUGUGCAGCCCUGAUUGCAUAUUUGUUAAACUGUUGAACUUCAGGUUCAAGUACAGUCACUGGUGCAAUCUUGGGAACAAGUUGAGAAUUUAAUUCAUUUAGCAGGAGCUUUUCUUCACAGCAACAUACCUCUUACAAAAAGUACAAUUUGUGCACUCUGUAAUGUGGAGUAAUACUAAUGUGCUUGUGACCCCAUGCCGAGGUGUAAGGGUACAACAUGGAGGCCGGCCGCUACGAGGUCCUGGCUGCUGUGGGUGAGGGCGCCUCCAGACGCGUGUUCAAGGCACGCGAGACCGGCGGCUGCCAGCGCCUCGUGGCCCUCAAGAAGGUCAGGGUCCUCGAGCAGAUGGAGGAAGGCGUGCCUGCCUUCGUGAUCCGUGAGGUGGGACUGCUGCGCAAGUUGGAGGCCUUCGACCACCCCAACGUGGUCAAGUUAUUAGAUGUUUCAGUUGAAGUCCAAAAUCAGACCUCAGAGCUGACUUUAGUGUUUGAAUAUGUUGAUCAAGAUUUGUGUGCAUUUCUUGCCUCGGUAGCAGAGACUGGUCUCAGCAGGUGGAAAAUUAAGGACAUAAUGUUACAGCUGCUGCGAGGCCUCGACUUCCUUCACACCAACAUGCUGGUGCACCGGGACCUGAAACCGCAAAAUGUGCUGGUCAGCAGCCACAGUGAGAUCAAGAUUGCGGAUUUUGGUCUGGCGCGGGUCUACAGCCACCACAUGGCUCUCACGCCCAUCGUGGUGACCCUGUGGUACAGAGCUCCGGAGGUCCUGCUACACUCCGGCUACAUGUCCUCCGUGGACAUGUGGAGCACUGGCUGCAUCUUCGCUGAGCUCUUCCUCCUCAGUGUGAUCGGCCUGCCUGCACAGGAGGACUGGCCUACCGAGAGCCCCAUCCCGUACCCUGCCAACUGGAAGAGUGGUAAUACCUUAAAUCAGCUGCUGCCGAACUUGCACCAGGAAGAGAGGGACUUGCUCUUGCAGUUUCUGGCCUUUAACCCAUCCAAGCGUGUCUCAGCCUUUGAGGCUUUGAGACACACCUUCCUGGCUGAGCAGUAGCACCGCUACCCAGGGACCCUAUAGCUGCUGAAGAGCUGGCGGAAUAACGGUUAAUUCACGGCGGUACCUUCGCUCGAAGGAGAUGAGGACUGUUGCCAGUUGUUCACUUCAAUAAAAGUGUUAUUUCCUUU